CAGCCUUGGAAGAGCUGCCAAGCAAGCAGCAUCAUUACUGCAAGAUUGAGGUCGCUGGCUCCGGGAGUGACCAAUCGUGAGCAGCGCCCGAGCCGCGAGGUUUCGGGUCUGCAUCCAUCCUAACAACGCAGCGCCUCGCCCCGCGCCGCGUCGCCACGCGAGCCAUGCCGCGGCCCCUCGCGCGCCGCGACGCGUUACGGAAGGUCAAGUACGGCCGCUCGGACAUGGUCGUCUCGGAGCUCUGCGCCGGCUCCAUGACCUGGGGCUCCUUCAACGGCAGCGAAGAAGAGGCCCACGCGCAACUGGACUGUUUCGUGGAGCACGGCGUGAACUUUUUUGAUACGGCAGAGAUGUACCCCGUGGCCUUCAACUACGGCAAGACGACGGAGACGUGGAUCGGCAACUGGCUCGCCCGUAGAAUCGGAGACGGCACCGUGAAGCGCGAGGACCUGUACUUCGCGACGAAGUGCAACCCCCUGGGCACGGGCGGUACCGUAGGGAAGCCGGGAAAGUGGAAGAAGCACGCCUUCGACGCCGAUCGAUUGCGGGCGUCCUGCGAGGCGUCCCUAUCAAGGCUGCAGUGCGACUAUAUUGAUCUGUACAUGCUGCACUUCCCGUCGCGCAUGGGCGGCGAGGCCUUUGGCUGGGCCAACUGGAAGGAUGGACGGUACGACGCCGCGCGGACGUCGACGGGUGCCGAGCUGUGUGGAAAUCAACCAGUGUGUCGGGUGCACUUCUCGGCGAUGACGUGGCCGCGCUGGUUUCGUCGAGCGGUGAGGAACCGACACCGCCACGCCAUCGAGCAGGGGUCGCGUCGAUGGCGUCGAGGACGACGCGAUGAUUCAGCACGAACGCGCCGUAAAAUUUUGAUUUCUACACAGGUGCCGAGGCCGACUUCGAGGCACAAGUCCGGGCGGUCCAGGGCUUGUUCGACGCGAAGCUCAUACGACACUGGGGCCUGUCGAACGAGACGGCGUAUGGGUUGACGAUGUUCUGUUUGGCGUGCGACCGGUUGGGCGUGCCCCGGCCGGUGAGCGUGCAGAACGACUUCAAUUUCAACAACCGGACGUAUGAAACUUCAACAGCGGAAGCGUGCCACCACCUGGGCGUCGUGGGCAUGCCCUACGGCGCGCUCGGCGGCGGCGCGCUGACGGGCAAGUAUCAGAACGCAAAGUACGCCGGCGACCGGCCCCUCGAGCUCGCGCGGCACAACUUCAAGCCCAAAUUCCAGACGCGGUACCGCUCGCCGCGCGGCGCGGCGGCGACGCGGGAAUACAUCAAACUCGCCGAGGCGUGGGGCCUGGCGCCCGCCGAGCUCGCGCUGGCCUGGUGCCGUGAGGCCGCGUCGUAUCUCGCCGUCCCGCGGCGUUCCGGCGCCGUUACGCCGUCGAGGCGACUCGUUUCCUAGAAUCAUGGCGCUGGGUGAUUUUUUAUGCGAUUUGGAGUGAAUUCGGCCGCGAUUUGGUCUCGCGAGGGCGUCGCGUCGGUGUCGCGACGAACGGCGGUCGUGGCGCGGUGGGAAGCGGUUGUGGGAAUGUCUUGGACGUCGUCGAUGCGGCGCCGGUGUUUUCGGAUGCUCUGGAGGUCUGUAGGGGUGCACGGGGGCCGUCUGCGGCGCCGACGAGGCCGCGAGGGCCCUUCGGGCGGUCUACGGUGGAGAACGGCGCCGGAACGGGUGCGGCGGUGUGUCUACCGAGGCCCGGCACGCCCGCCGACGCGGCGGCGGCCCUGGAUGUGGUCUGGAGCCCUGGCGUGCUGCCGGCCGGUCCAUGACGUGGACUGUGGAGCGUAGCUUUGUCAGGAUCGAAUGACAACGAUCACUUUUAUAGGGAUCGGGCCGAGGUCGAAGAGUAUGAAGCCCGACUCCACUCGGACGAGCUAUCGAAGAGGUGCUGCCGCGGCAAUUGUUGCGCGGCCGUCAAGCUGUCCCAGGCGCGGACGAGGCGUAUACGCACGGCUUGUGGCACGGCGCCCUCGACGACUCGAGGCCGCGGCGGGGCGUCGCCGACGCCUUCGACGCGGACGAGGCCAUUGAUGGGUGCUUGGAGCCGCGCCUCUGGCGGGUGCAGCUUAACAUUACACGACAAGGUUUUGUGGGAGGCUACGGUACCAGUCGCGGCGGCGGGGCGACGUUCUGUACGCCAUCGACGCGGGCGGAGGCGUUGUAGCAGAUAUAGAUGCCUGGCGGGACUCGUCUACUAUCGGAUGCGCGUUGUGGGGAGCAUCUGGUCCGAGGCAUUAUAAGCCGCACAUCCGACGAGCGCUCUGGUUCUCAAACGAACGGCGCGGGAAUUAUCGUCGUCUCUCGUGAAUUCUGAAAGAUGUACUUGCUUCAGCCGUCGGCAGCGGCGAGGCCUACGCGUACGCCUCGCGGCGAGGUCCUACGCCAGCGAAGGCGGCGGCCCGGACGAGUAGUCUUUGCUAAUCAUUGCUGUUGUGUCGA